CCCAAAUCAGAGUUGACCUAACAGCUGAGGCACUGGUAAGAGACAGAGAGGUCUUUACUGAAGCACCUGUCCAGGUGACAGGUUAAACCCAAGAGUAGCCAGCUUUGUCUCAGAAGGACUUGCUUCAAGACUCACUCAGGACACCAGAAGGUCCUGCAGGUUGAGGCAAGCCAGAGAUCAGGAAUGGUUGUUGGAAAUGCAGGAAGGGCACUUGAGACCAGUUACAGUCUCCCACAAGGAGGCCCUCCUGGAGAAGAUGAGCCUUGAAUACAAGUGGCUGGGGACAGAUGAAGAGUCUGCACUCAAGGGUUUUACAGAAGCAAGACACUGCAGGAGAUGCUUUCCAGGACUGUGACUCACAGGGACCAAGUAAAGGCACUUUGGUUCAUGCAGAGUAGAUCCUAAACAAAUGCAAAGAAUGCAGGAAAGCAUUUAACAAGAAUUGCCUCCUUGUCUGACAUCAGUGCAUUCACACUGGAGUGAAACCUUAAGAAUGCCACAAGUGUGGGAAAGCCUUUCAUGAAAAGGUAGACUGACAAAUGAGGAUUCACACUGGAGAGAUGUCCAAUAAGUACAUCGAGUGUGGAAAGGUUGUUAGCCCCAUGCUGACAACAUCCAUGACACACCUCAUGUAUCACCAGCAGAUCCACCCUGGCAAGAAGCCCUAUAAGUGCAGUGAACGUAGAAAGACCUUCAACUAUCACUGUUUUUGUCCCGCAUAGCAUGACCCAGCCUCCGGGUGCAACGAAUGUGGGAAUGCCUUUCACCACAACUCUGCUUUCACUCAAUACAAGAGGAUUCACACCAGACAGAAGCCCUACACGUGCAGCGAAUGUGGAAAGACCUUCAUCUACCACUCUGUUUUUAUUGGACAUGGCAUGACCCACAAUGCACAAAAGCCUUAUGAGUGUAAAGACUGUGGGAAAGGUUUUUACUACAGUGUCUCCCUCACUCAACACAUCAGGAGUCACACUGGAGAGAAGCCCUAUGAGUGCAGUGAAUGUGGAAAAGCCCUUGCCUACCCUCCUCCUUUUAGUCCACAUGCAAAAGGAGGCACAUGA